AUGCAAUUGGGCGUGCUGCAUACCAUGGUGUCACUGCGAUGUGACGAGCCCAUCCUGUCCUACCUCGAAACUAUCCGCACGGUCUGGAUGGACCGUAUUUUCGGCGGGAGCGACACCCUUCCUGUUCACGCAGACGCGGAGACCGUUCUCGCGCUGGAAUCUCAAGUCCCAAAGCUCUCGGAACCGGACCGGGAAAAUCUGCGAUCUCGGAUGAUGGGCGGCCGGACGUUGUUUCCAUCGAUCGACGACUCCGACACACGGGCGGCAUUGUGGGAGCGACUGAAGCAGAUCGAUACCCCUAUUCCCACCCUAGGGACGUUCUUCCAGGACCUCCGUUUCUUAGGUGUUGCCAGCAAGGUGAUGAAGGCUCUUCUUCUUCCACCAGAGGACCUGGGCUCGAAGAAGGCCAAGAAGAUCACUAUCGACUGUGAACUCGGUACGCAGCAUCGGACCGAUGGCAGCGUGUCAUUAAGAGAGACAAGACUGCAAGCACGGCGGGGAUUGCACGAGCUCUGGCGCUUCAGCUUCCAAUACGGGCUGGACAUGACCGAAGUGGCACGCCGUCAGCCGCAUAAGAGGAAGAAAUCGUGUAGCUCCUAUCCUGUCCCGAAUUGCUCGACAUCGAUAGACCGAAUGGCGUUGUGGCGCCACUUCUUCUGGCUGGCUGACCAACACGGAUUUCAGAUCCCGGCCAUAGCCGAGAUUGUGCCCAGACAAGCGUCCCUGCCCACUCCGCAAACUCCGGAGGGCCUUGGCAGCACCGAACAGGAUGAAGCAGUGAAUCGACGUUGCGGUAUCCCAUACGCUGAUACGGUCGAUGCGGAUCGCUUCGCCCUGGAAGGGAAUAGACUGUGGCAGCCCUGGGAGUCCCCACAGGUUACAACCGUGUUCUUCCGACGGUCACAGUUUCAGACCUUCUUUCGCUACCUGUGGGGUGGAAGUGGAAUCAAUCAGGCCACGAACGCCGCCCGCGAAUCUGCAGCGACCGAUGGAACCGCAGCGAUAGAUCAAGAGAUAUUGAAUCACGAGUUGGAGCAUCGCAUGCCAUCGCCAAGCUUCUCUCAGAUUCUACAAAUAAGCAGUCCGAUCGACUGGUCUAUGGCAAUGUGGGACUGCGGAAUGGGAUCACUUGAAAUGCCUAUAGGCAAUCUGGAGGUGGUUGUGACCAUCCCGAAUCACAACCCAAGACGAAUUUCGCUGCCAUGUGACGAAAUGAUCAUCAACAACUUCUUCAAUGGACUGAAAGAGCGUAGAUUUGUUAUCCACAGCCUGGAUUACCACACGGUGUCCGCAGAGCCAAGCCUUUAUCUCUGGAAUCUGAGGUACCCAUGGGAAAGAGUUCAGGCCAUAUUGACCGAGGAGAAUGUGCAGGAGUAUACGGCAUCCGACGGAAAUCGACUUAAAAGAAGACGAAGAGAGAUCGCUGAGGCAAUAGAUGACAUUGCUGCGUGGGUGGACGAGCAAAUUCUUAAGCUAUCUGUUCCCGCUCCCCCCUCUUGGGAAUGGAAUGUACAAGAUGAGGAGUACUGA